GGAUUGGUAACGGGGCCGUCGCAUACACCGGUUGUUUGGUGGUGAAGGCACCUUUUUCCCAACCUCGGUAUGUAGUAGGAGUCAGUAGAAGUCUUCUUAGUCCAUCGAGAAUCAGGGAACGAUUCACAACUCCACUCACCUACCGUUCGUGAAUUUCCAGUCUCCUCAAUUUUUCGUACAAUAACAAUUUUUGUGAAUUUAUUAGUUGCAAUUAUUUUUCGAGGCUCAUGAAAAAUGUCCAAUUAUUUUUAUCGAAAUAAUUAAUUUUUCUAAUAGUACAAUUAAAGUUGCAAUUGCGAUGAAGUUACAUGAUUUUUUUUUGUAUCAAUUGAAAUAUUGAUAGCGCGAAAUAUAGGGUAUCGUGGCAUCAUGAAGUGACACUGAUUUUCCGCGAUAUUUAAUAACUGGAGGUUGACAAUUGAUUGAUGAUUGAUUGAAGGCUGUGGGUGAGAGCAGUGGGGGGAUGCUAUUCCAGUUGUUUCAAUUAUUAAUGGCAAUUGAGUGAUGUAGGGACACUGGGAUUUCACCAUUUUGUGGAGAUUUAUUAUUAAGUAUUUUGGUGAUCGAGUGAUUAUGAUGGUAAAGGACAAUGUCUGGAGGCAACGACGAAUCGCUGUUCCCAAGAGAACCAGCGAGCUCGUCGCCCUCAUCGCCCUCUCUAGCACUCUCUUCCUCUUUUUACACACGCGUGAUCUUCAUUCGCGAUUACGCGAGAUGGAAGUGAAAUUGCAGCCAGGGGAUAGCGAAAUUUCGGCCAAUCAGAUAUCAAUCGAAGACGUGCAAUCGGGCCUUGGAGCUCAGCCGCUCAUGGGGCCCAAAAGAACGAGUACAGAAUCGUACGAGCAUUUGGAUUGUCUGGAUCUCAACGAGCUGAAUAAUACGAAACGAGCGGAUAAACAUGUAUUAUUCUUCAAUCGUGUACCUAAGGUCGGUUCACAGACCUUUAUGCAACUCCUGAGGAGACUCUCGAUGAGGAAUGGCUUUGCCUUCAACCGAGAUCAAGUGCAACGGGUUGAGACCAUCAGACUGGCGCCUUAUGAACAGCGUCAGCUUGUGAGGCUCGUUAACAGCUAUUCUGAGCCCUCGGUCUAUGUCAAACACGUAUGCUUCACCAAUUUUUCAGAGUUCAAUCUUCCUCAGCCGAUCUACAUGAACGUCGUUCGGGAUCCGGUUGAACGAGUUAUAUCCUGGUAUUACUACGUUCGUGCGCCCUGGUACUACGUAGAGAGGAAGCAAAUAUUCCCAGACUUACCACUGCCAGAUCCUGAGUGGUUGAAGAAGGACUUUGAGAGUUGUGUAUUGAAUGGAGAUCGCGAGUGCAGAUACAUCGAGGGAGAGUACCAUGAGGGCAUUGGAGAUCAUAGGAGACAGACGUUAUUCUUUUGCGGUCACAGUGAAAAGUGCACGCCUUUCAACACCGUGGGAGCAUUAGAAAGAGCCAAACUUUCAGUUGAAAAGCAUUACUCAGUAGUUGGUGUUCUUGAGGAUGUUAAUACAACGCUGACGGUUUUAGAAAAUUAUAUUCCACAAUUUUUUGAAGGUGCAAAGGAGCUCUAUUGGGAUGAGAUGAAUUCGUUCAAAAGAAUAAAUCGCAAUUCUUUCAAGCCCCCGGUGAGUGAGGAAGUUAAAGAAAUGGUUCGUCGUAAUUUCACCCGUGAAAUUGAAUUUUAUCAGUUCUGCCGGCAACGAUUGCACCGGCAAUUUCAUGCCCUAAAGCUCUCACCGGCAUUAUCAACAAUUCAAGAUAGUGGAAAUAGUCUCUAGGAAGUAGUGAAUUUCAUCGUUUUUUUUUUUUUUUUUUUUUUAUGGGGAUAAUAAAAAUCAUGCAACUGUUCAUGUGAUAUAAAUAAAAAGACUAUAAUUAAUCCUAAUGGAUUAGGGAUCUGAGAGAAAUUAGACGAUGGUCUGAUUAUCCAAUCGAUCACGAGGUAUCGACGAAUUCCAAUUGGUGAUUGAUCGAUUGGCCAAUUGCGAUUAACCCACAGAGCCAAGAAAUUGUUCGUCAUCCAAGGGUUCGUCACUAUAAAUGCCUCGCUCGGGGCAAGGCUUAAAAAAAAUCAUGGCAAAAGGUUAUGAUUAAUUCCCCCCACCCCAAAGAAAAAAAAAUUCAUUAGUGAAUCAAUUGCCAAAUGAGAUUGUCAAAGUCUGGAAGUUAUUUCGUUAAAUUUAUUGUCUUAAUAUAACAACUUUUGCAGAUAACUUUAUUGUUUGUAUAUGAAUAAUGAUACGUAGACUCUCAGGUCUCUAAAAUCUCGUUCCCUCUGUCACUCGAUAAUUAAUCAUUCAUCACCCCUCACUCCUCCAUCGGACCAAUAACAUUGAUACAUUAUUUAACAUCCAUAAACAUCUCGAGAUCUCUCGACUGUAUUUACAUAAUUCAAUCUGUUGUCAUUUGAGGGACAAGAGGAGCAAGCUUCAUUGUGUAAAAUAUUUCGUCAAUGUAACCGUUUAAUUCUCUGUACAAAGUAAAUAACGCAUUUCCAUA